AUGGGGGUGCCCGGAGACCCUUGUGACAUCCCAGCCCCUGCCCUGCCCGUGGGUGUUGGAGGGGCAACAGAGCCCUGGGGUGCCCACAACCAGGAGAGCCGCUCUCUCAGGAGGAAGCUGCUCCCUGGAUCUCUCUGCGAGAGAGAACGAGAAGAGUUUUUGGAGGAGAUUAAGACGGAGAUGGACAAGCGCAACUCCCAGCCCAGCCCGGGGCGAGCUCCAAGCCUGCCCAGGCCAAAGGACACGAGGAAGAUGGAGAUUUUUGAGGAGGAGAGGAAGAUGGAGAGGGAAGAGAUCAGGAAGAUGAAGAUAGCACCCCCUCUCUCCCCACAGCCGCCCAUCCAGGUGUACGGGCUGGAAGGGCGCUAUGCCACCGCCCUGUACUCUGCAGCCAGCAAGCAGAAGAAGCUGGAGCAGGUGGAGAAGGAGCUGAGCCGGGUGUGGACCCUGCUGAAGGACCCCAAGCUGUCCAGCGUGGUGAUGAACCCUCACACCAAGAGCACAGUGAAGCAGAAAGCCGUGAGCGACGCCUUGGCGAGGGAGAAGAUGUCCCCCAUCACUGUCAACCUGAUGAACCUGCUGGCCGAGAACGGGCGCCUGCGCCACACCCCGGACAUCGUGGCCGCCUUCGGCAAGAUGAUGAGCGCGGUGCGAGGGGAGGUGCUGUGCACCGUCACCACGGCUCAGCCCUUGGAUGAGGCCAACCUGACUGAACUAAAAAGUGCUCUGAAUGGAUUCCUGGCUAAGGGAGAGGUCUUGAAGCUGGAGACCAAGACUGACCCGUCGAUCCUCGGGGGCAUGAUCGUCAACAUCGGGGAAAAGUACGUGGACAUGUCAACGAGGUCCAAAAUUCAGAAACUCACCAAGAUCAUGAGAGAGACUGUCUAGAGAGCUGUCCUGGUCAUUCCCAAGGAAACCUGGCUGAUGGAGACAAUAAAAUUCUUCCUUCUCGAG